AGCGCCCCAACAAAGUCACUGCGCUGACAGUGUGCGGGGAGCAGCAGAAGAGAAACCUAAUCUCAGAACCCAACAACACCUAGCAACAGUUGAAAAAACUUUGAAACAAAAGUCGGGGUGGGAGAUAGGCGACUUCCAAUUCCUGCUGAUCCUGACUGAAGGAGAAGCUGCAGCUACUCUGUCCGUUUCCUGUAUGACUUCAGCUACUGGCUAGUCCCAGCAGAGUGGGAAAAGCGUUUUCCCUCAGUCUUCUUUUGGGCUGGCUAGUUUUUCAGUACUCAGUCUUGGGCUGUGGGACAAGCCACUGGGUUCUUCAAGGGAUAAACCAGCGGAGAAAGAACACACCUUUGGUUAAAGGAGCCGACAACAGGUGGGAAUGAGAUCACGAAAUCAAGGUGGAGAAAGUUCAUCUAAUGGGCAUGUUUCCUGCCCCAAGUCUGCCAUCAUCAGCAGUGAUGGUGGCAAGGGCCCCUCAGAAGAUGCAAAAAAGAACAAGGCAAAUCGGAAGGAGGAGGAUGUCAUGGCUUCCGGAACUGUCAAACGCCACCUCAAACCAUCUGGAGAAAGUGAGAGAAAGACUAAGAAGCCUCUGGAGUUAUCCAAGGAGGAUCUCAUCCAGCUCCUGAGUAUCAUGGAAGGGGAGCUGCAGGCUCGAGAAGAUGUCAUCCACAUGCUGAAGACAGAGAAAACCAAGCCUGAGGUUCUGGAGGCGCAUUAUGGAUCUGCAGAACCAGAGAAAGUGCUUCGGGUCCUGCACCGGGACGCUAUUCUUGCUCAGGAGAAGUCCAUAGGAGAAGAUGUCUAUGAGAAACCCAUCUCAGAGCUGGACAGACUGGAGGAGAAGCAGAAGGAGACAUACCGCCGCAUGCUGGAGCAGCUGCUGUUGGCCGAGAAGUGUCACAGGCGCACGGUGUACGAGCUGGAGACCGAGAAGCACAAACACACUGACUACAUGAACAAGAGCGACGACUUCACCAACCUGCUGGAGCAGGAACGAGAGAGGUUGAAAAAGCUCCUUGAGCAAGAAAAGGCGUACCAAGCCCGCAAAGAAAAGGAAAACGCUAAGCGGCUCAAUAAACUUCGAGACGAGCUUGUGAAACUAAAGUCCUUCGCGCUCACGCUGGUGGAUGAGAGGCAGAUGCACAUCGAGCAGCUGGGCCUGCAGAGUCAGAAAGUCCAGGACCUCACUCAGAAACUGAGGGAGGAGGAGGAAAAACUCAAAGCCAUCACUUACAAAUCCAAGGAAGACCGCCAGAAACUGCUCAAGUUAGAAGUGGACUUCGAACACAAGGCCUCGAGGUUUUCCCAGGAGCACGAAGAGAUGAACGCCAAAUUGGCUAAUCAAGAAUCCCACAACAGGCAACUUAGACUCAAACUGGUUGGCUUAUCGCAAAGGAUUGAGGAACUGGAAGAGACCAAUAAAAGUCUUCAGAGGGCAGAGGAAGAGCUUCAGGAGCUGAGAGAUAAAAUCGCCAAAGGGGAAUGUGGAAACUCCAGUCUCAUGGCGGAAGUGGAGGGUCUGCGCAAGCGCGUGCUUGAGAUGGAAGGCAAGGAUGAGGAGAUCACUAAGACCGAGGCCCAGUGCCGGGAGCUGAAGAAGAAGCUUCAAGAGGAAGAACACCACAGUAAGGAACUGAGACUCGAAGUGGAAAAGCUGCAAAAGAGGAUGUCUGAACUGGAGAAGCUGGAGGAAGCCUUCAGCCGGAGUAAGUCGGAAUGCACCCAGCUCCAUUUGAACCUGGAGAAGGAGAAGAACCUAACCAAAGACCUGCUGAAUGAGCUCGAGGUGGUCAAGAGUCGAGUUAAAGAACUCGAGUGCUCGGAGAGUAGACUGGAGAAGGCUGAGUUAAGUCUCAAAGACGACCUGACAAAGCUGAAGUCCUUCACUGUCAUGCUGGUGGACGAGAGGAAAAACAUGAUGGAGAAAAUAAAGCAGGAAGAGAGGAAAGUGGAUGGGUUGAAUAAAAACUUUAAGGUGGAGCAGGGGAAGGUUAUGGAUGUGACUGAAAAGCUAAUCGAGGAAAGCAAGAAGCUUCUAAAACUCAAGUCUGAAAUGGAGGAAAAGGUGUACAGUCUGACAAAGGAGAGGGAUGAACUGAUGGGGAAACUGAGGAGCGAAGAAGAAAGGUCCUGUGAACUGAGCUGCAGUGUUGACUUACUAAAGAAGCGGCUUGAUGGCAUCGAAGAGGUGGAGAGGGAAAUAAACCGAGGUAGGUCGUGCAAGGGGUCUGAGUUCACCUGCCCGGAGGACAAUAAGAUCAGGGAGCUAACGCUUGAAAUCGAGAGACUGAAGAAGCGGCUGCAGCAGUUGGAGGUGGUGGAGGGGGACUUGAUGAAGACGGAGGACGAAUAUGACCAGCUGGAGCAGAAGUUCAGAACCGAGCAGGAUAAGGCAAAUUUCCUCUCCCAGCAGCUGGAGGAAAUCAAGCACCAAAUGGCUAAGAACAAAGCCAUAGAGAAAGGGGAGGCCGUGAGUCAGGAAGCCGAGCUGCGACACAGGUUUCGCCUGGAGGAGGCGAAAAGUCGUGAUUUACAGGCGGAGGUACAGGCUCUCAAGGAAAAGAUCCACGAACUGAUGAACAAGGAAGAUCAGCUGUCUCAGCUCCAGGUCGACUAUUCGGUCCUUCAGCAGAGAUUUCUGGAAGAAGAAACUAAGAACAAGAACAUGGGGAGGGAGGUCCUCAACCUGACCAAAGAGCUGGAGCUUUCCAAGCGCUACAGCCGAGCCCUCAGGCCGAGCGGGAAUGGCCGGAGGAUGGUGGACGUGCCCGUGGCCUCAACUGGGGUGCAGACCGAGGCGGUGUGCGGGGAUGCUGCGGAAGAGGAGACCCCAGCUGUGUUCAUCCGCAAAUCCUUCCAGGAAGAAAAUCACAUCAUGAGUAAUCUUCGCCAGGUAGGCCUAAAGAAACCCAUGGAACGAUCCUCGGUCCUCGACAGGUAUCCGCCAGCGGCGAAUGAGCUCACCAUGAGGAAGUCUUGGAUUCCUUGGAUGAGAAAAAGAGAAAACGGCCCCUCCGCCCCCCAGGAGAAAGGGCCCAGGCCAAACCAGAGUACAGGGCACCCUGGGGAGCUGGUCCUAGCACCGAAGCAGGGCCAGCCCUUGCAUAUCCGUGUGACACCAGAUCAUGAGAACAGCACUGCCACCCUGGAGAUCACAAGCCCCACAUCUGAAGAGUUUUUCUCUAGUACCACCGUCAUUCCUACCUUAGGCAACCAGAAACCAAGGAUAACCAUUAUUCCAUCACCCAAUGUCAUGUCGCAAAAGCCCAAAAGUGCAGAUCCUACUCUCGGCCCAGAACGAGCCAUGUCCCCUGUCACGAUUACUACUAUUUCCAGAGAGAAGAGCCCAGAAAGUGGAAGGGGAGCGUUUGCAGACAGGCCUACAUCCCCCAUCCAGAUCAUGACGGUGGCAACGUCUGCAGCUCCCUCUGAAAUCGCUGUCUCUCCUGAAUCUCAGGAAGUGCCUAUGGGAAGGACUAUCCUCAAAGUCACCCCGGAAAAACAAACUGUACCAACCCCCAUGCGGAAGUACAACUCCAAUGCGAACAUCAUCACCACGGAAGACAAUAAAAUUCACAUUCACCUGGGUUCUCAGUUUAAACGAUCUCCUGGGCCUGCAGCUGAAGGUGUGAGUCCAGUUAUCACUGUCCGGCCUGUCAACGUGACAGCAGAGAAGGAGGUUUCUACAGGCACAGUCCUUCGCUCUCCCAGGAACCACCUCUCUUCAAGACCUGGCGCUGCUAGCAAAGUGACCAGCACUAUUACCAUAACCCCGGUCACAACGUCAUCCACGCGAGGAACCCAAUCAGUGUCGGGACAAGAUGGGUCAUCCCAGCGGCCUACACCCACCCGCAUUCCUAUGUCAAAAGAAAGCGUCAUCAUUCACCAGUUGCGAAUGAGCUCCCGAUGAGAGUACCAAACACAGCUCUCGGUCAUCACUAAGGUCACCAUGCUACUGAUGUUGACUGGAAACACCUUAGGACUUGCAGUGAUUUUCUUUUUUUGGAGGAUACAAUUUAGCAGUAAAAAACAAACAAACAAACAAAAACCACAUUGUGGAUGACAUGAACAUGUGUGGCAAACCCAGUUGAAUCUUUGUACCCAAAGAAAGUCUUCUCUUUACAAAGUGUUCAGGCCUGUGGGCACAUGCUGUAUAAUUUAUUUGUAUAAUACUUUUUGUAAUGUGAUUUUCCCCCUAAAUUGUCUCCUUUCUCAUAGUCCAUGGCACAUGUAUCUGUAGAUUGUACUGUCAAUUCUUCAAAGCAUUGUGUAUUCAAAAGAGGUUAACAUAUCAUUUUCCUUUUAUUGUUAUUUUUAAGGAAAAGAAAGCACAGUACUCUGUUUCCCUGGACAACCUUAAAAGGUAAAACCUAGAAACAGGAGACCCUGCGAGUUUGAUUGCUUGAGGGAUGCUAUAGCUCUGAUUGUGGCUCAACCCUGAAAACAGUGUCCUGACUUAGGAGUUUAAGUACUUAAAACCAAUUUGUAACUGUCCCCUUUGGUGUUCUGAAUGGGAAACAAGCAGCUUUGACUGACAGUUCAAUUUUAUUUCUAUCUGCAUUGUUUAAUUCUGUGUACAAACCAUAAUAGUGACUUUGAUGACCCUGUAUUUCCCACAUAUUAAUGCUUCCAUGAAAACUUGCAAAUAAAAACUGACCUAAAUAAUGUCAACAUUUUUUCAAAAACUAAAAAAUUAUGGAGAUCCAAAGGUAGAUAAUCACUUCCCUCUGAUUUUGAUAGGCUUUCAAAACUACUUGUAGGUAGACAAAACAACUCCUCCUCCUCUUUCUCCUCCUCCCCUUCCCUCCUCCCUCCUCCCUCCUCCUCCUAUUCUUCUUGGUACAGGUUCCUGCUAUGUUUCUCUAGCUAGCCUAAAACUGGCAUUGUAGACCAGGCUGGUCUUGAAGUCACAGGGAUCCUGCCUGCCUGUGCCUCUCGUGUGUGCUCCGACUAAAGGCAUGUGCCACCAAACCCAGCUAAGAAUGUAUAUUUUAGCAAGUUAAAAGCCCACCAUUUGUUACUCGUCUCAUUGUUAGAGUUGCUGUGGAAUAUAGGUUUAUGUAAAAAUGUGACGUCUACUUGAAACUCUAGUUAAAAAAAUAUACUGUUGUCUGGAGUGUAUUUCUUAUAAGAUCUUUAAAAUAACCUUAAGGUUAAGCGCUGACACUCACUUUCUAAAUGAAGAAGUCAUUUACCAUCCACUCUAGUAUGAUUAAAGAGCCAAGAUAUCUUCUGAAUGUUGAGGUAAGUUAAGUCACGCAAGCCACGGGCUGGAGGCUCUCCUCUGUAGUUCACAAGCUGAGCCCACAUCAGCUGCAGAGGGAAGUUUACAGAGUCUCUGGAAUAGGAAACACAAUGCUGAAUUUCCUCCCUCGUGUAACCUAGAAGGUUUUUAAUAUAUUCUGUGGAACUGACAAAUUAUAUUUAAUACAUACCAUAAAUUAAAUAUAUUCUAAACGUAUUCUUGCAUUUGUUUAAAGCAAAA